AUGUUCAAAAAAGAUUUCACCCCCAAAGCUGUACCAACUCUGGAUUUGGACUUUGAUCCGCCCGCCGAGGCGGGCCAAUGGGAUAUGGGACCUCUCGCACAGGCUCAAUCUCCGAAGACAGCUAUUCAGCACAUCAAAGCUCCAUUUGCACAUUCUACGAGUGCCAGCUUUGAAAGAAGACCCUGGAAGGGAUAA